AUGGCUUCUCAAGAAAGGGCCGCAGGCCAUGCUGUGGAAGCCAGGCCUUUCAUCCCUGGCACUGUUCACCUGGUCGACUUGGAGGGAACCAUGCGAGCGAAGCAUGCCUCCAAAGGCCACAAAGAUAUCGUCCUUGUUCCCGCCCCCAGCAAUGACCCCGACGAUCCCCUCAACUGGACUCCUGCCCGGAAACUCCUUUCUACAUCUUGCAUGUGUGUAUACGUGUUGAUGGUGGGCAUUGCUUCCGCUGCCAUUUACUCUGUACUGGUCCCCAUCAGUGAUGCCACGGGUAUGACGCUUGGGGAUCUCAAUGCCGGCACCGGCUACAUGUUCUUGUUCUUCGGUUGGGGUUGUCUAGUCUGGCAACCGUUGGCCCUGCAAUACGGCAAACGACCAGUCUACCUCCUGUCUCUGAUCGCUACUAUUUGCACCCAAGUCUGGGCUGGUUAUACGACAACAAAUGGAAAUUGGAUUGCGAACAAGAUUCUUCAGGGGUUUUUUGGUGCACCUGUCGAAUCACUCUGUGAGAUUUCCGUCACAGAUAUUUAUUUUACCCACGAACGUGGCUUCUACAUAGCCAUUUACGGGUUGUUCCUGGCAGGGUCCAACUUCUUCGCCCCCAUCAUUGCCGGGUUCAUCUCCGAUGCGAUGGGGUGGAAAUGGGUCGUCUUCUGGGCAGCCAUCUUCAACGGCAUCGGCUUUAUAUAUUGCUUCCUUUUCAUGGAGGAGACCAACUACUCCCGAAAGACGAUCACUGGGCAAGAGUCGGCGGAGGCGAGCGGGACACAGACCCCAAUCACGUCCGGGCCUGAAAAAGGAGCCAAUCCAGACGAGAAGACCGUCUUUGAACCUCCUCCCUCCACCGAGGAGGGCCUAGGAGUCGUGGAAUGGCGCAAGAAGACAUAUCUGCAGAAGUUGAAGCUUUUCCAGCCAGGCGUGUUCUCCAAAAAGAACGAGCUUGCUGGCAUGAUGAUUCGGCCGCUCAAGUACAUGUUCACGUUCCCAGUUGUGGCAUACGCCGGGUUUUCCUAUGGCAGCAGUCUUGUCUGGUUCAACAUGCUCAAUGGCACCGCGUCUCUGAUCCUUUCGGGGGCUCCCUACAACUUCGCCGCGUCCAUGGUCGGUGUCAGCUACGUCAGUCCUCUGCUCGGUGUGUUUGCCGCCGCCGCCUACACUGGCAUUUUCGGCGACUGGUUCAUCCUCAGGUUGGCUCGUAAACGCCGUGGUAUGUUGGAACCCGAGUAUCGGCUGUGGCUGUUUGUCGCUUCGCUCGUAGCCAUUCCACUUGGCCUCAUCUUGUGGGGCGCGGGCGCCGCGCACCAUGUCCACUGGUUCGGCCUCAUUUUCGCCAUGGGUGUCAUUGCCUACACGAACACCGUCGGUCUGCAGCUCAGCAUCAGCUAUUGUGUUGACAGCUACCGCGAUCUGGCGGGCGAGACCAUCAUCACCGUCAUCAUCAUCCGCAACACCAUGUCCUUCGCCAUCGGCUACGGCUUGACCCCGUGGGUCGACAACAUGGGCUACCAGAAUGCCUUCAUUGUCGCAGCCUUUGCUGGGCUCGCCCAGGCGCUGAUGUUCGUCAUAUUUAUCAAGUUCGGCAAGCUCCUGCGCCAGAAGUCUACCAACACUUAUCUCAAAUAUGUCGAGGAGAUUACCGCUGCCGGGCUCACGCAUUGA